AUGCUCGUGGCUAAACGAAAUAGCCAAGCUACUAUUCAAAGCAAUGAGUUCUGGGGAAGCGUCUGGAUGAGGGCACAAUUUACUACUCUGCUACGCUCUCCUAGUGCGACACUUGAUCAAGCCAAUUUACAUCGUCUUUAUGUAGACCUUGUCCGUCUCCCACAGGCUGCCAGCGUCUACGGUGGUUGCUUAACUUAUAUACCCCAACUCAGCCCAUCACUCAUGCCUUCCUCGCCACUUCUGCCAGCUUUAUCAGCACUCAUCCUUACGUUCAUUGUGCGAAAGGAUAACGGUCGACAUGCACAAGAACAAGCCAUAGACAGUUACCACAGGGCUCUCCAGCUCACCCGCCAGAUAACUGGUAGUAACCCUACAAGUAGGCGAAAUGAAGUUAUGCUCACCAUGCUGGUGCUUAGUAUAAGCGCAUCUUUCUCUGAUGCAACAAUCGCUAACCAUGUCAAGGAUCUGACUAACCCCUGCUCCGACCAAUCCAUAUUCAAUCCACAUCUCGGGGGUGCCAUCGCCUUUGUGAAGUCGCAAGACCUAGUCUCAUUUCAGGACGAGACGAGCAAAGGCUUAUAUAUAGCACUCCUCACCCGAUUCAUGCCCGCCUGCCUCAUCACCGACAUAACCCAUACCGUUGAGGAAUUCCCUUUCACGAUUCCAGAGCUUCUCGCCUUGCACGAUGCACUGCUUCGGGCCCCUUUCAUCUCUCUGAGGUCCCAGCUACAGAUUCACCUUUGCAAGCUAGCCAUUCUCCACUUACAAAUCUCAGAGGCUGCUAGCAUCCUGAGCUCAGGACAUCUCUCCUCAACUACCAUCGCUGAUAUACUCAAUUCGAUGAAUGCGAUCACCCACCAGCUUUCACAAUGGUCGAGCUCCCUGCCCACAGAUUGGAUAUAUACCACCAUGGUAGUCCCUUCCGAGGAUUGGAAUCUAUGGACACCAGUAGCACACCUCUACUCAUCGUUCUGGGCCGCGAAUGAAUGGGCGCGCUAUCGCACUUUGCAAAUAUGUACAUGCCACUUGCGUCUCCGUUUCUAUCAUCUCCUCGCCGCCAGCAAUCGUGCCACUACGGCAUCAAUUCCUCUGGGCAGUCUAGCUAGCGAUAUGGCUACGACACGUGUGAAGAUCCGCAAUCUUGCCAAUGAUAUAUGCGCGUCCAUGCUGUACCAUUUGGGAUAUAGAUGCAUGGGCUCUACCGAGAGACAAUACCCAAUUAAGGCGUAUCCUCAGGGGAAGUACGCAAGGUUAGUGUCGGCAUCUCAAGUUGCAUGGCCACUAUACGUAGCAGGCAUUGUGGAGGGGUUAGAUGCCGUUCAGCGGAUGUGGAUUGCAAGUCAGCUGGAUGUCAUAGGCGAUGAUCUUGGGGUUAAACAUGCGAGUACGAUGGCGAAGGUGGUCAGAGAGCUUGCACUCAAGGAAAGAGGCCAGCCAGGCUGGAGGAACGGAACAAGUAUGCACAUGGCGAUCGCUUGUUGA